GACGAGGCCCACAUUGCCUUCUGUAGACAUAUGGAGGAGCAAUUAACCCUGUACAAGAACCUGUCUGUGGUGAGCCUGUCAGAGCUGAGUGGCAAGGAGCAGGUGAUUGGUGAGGCAUUCCUCACACACAUCCUCAACUACAACUCCCCAAAUGUCACCUUCAUCGCAUUCGAUUUUCAUGAUUACUGUCGAGGGAUGAAAUUUGAAAAUGUAUCCAUCCUGACUGAAGUGAUCAGAGAUGUGAUAAAGGGUAUGAGAUACUGCUGGGUAGAUAACCAGGGCAUGAUUUGCGAGCAGAAGGGCAUAUUCCGCAUCAAUUGUAUUGACUGUUUGGAUCGUACCAAUGUUGUGCAGUCAGCCAUUGCCAGGAUCGUCAUGGAAACCCAGUGUCGUAAGCUGGGUCUGCUCCCCCCUGAUGAAGAGUUACCUCCCAGCUGCAGACAGUUGUACCAGCAGCUAUGGGCCAACAAUGGAGACGUAAUCAGUCAGCAGUAUGCAGGCACAGUUGCUCUGAAGGGUGACUACACUAGGACAGGGGAGAGGAAGUUUUCUGGCAUGAUGAAAGAUGGGAUGAACUCUGCCAACAGGUAUUACUUGAGGUUCCGUGACACAUACCAUCAGGCUGUGAUUGAUCUGAUGUUGGGUCAGCCCAUCUCAGAGGAAGCUCUGCUCUCAGGGAACAAGCUGAGUCCAGAAGCCCUUGAGGAAACAACCGACCUGUUGGAGAAGGAAGAGAAUGUACGGCAGCUGAUAGAGGACUGUAAAAACAUGCUGAUAGUGGAGCCUGAGGAAUGUCUGGGGGGAUGGGGGCUCGUGGACGCUGACCCCGUGACAGGAGAUCCUGACCGUCAGGAGUUGGAUGUGAUCUUGUUACUCAGCCAGAGAUCUAUCUAUGUGGCAUGGUAUGAUGAUGACAAAGAAGAGUUCACGAAAUACCAAAGAAUUUUCCUGGAAGACAUAGAAAAAAUAGAAAUUGGACCAGAACCGUCGCUGUUCAAGUCUAAGUACAUGUUGUUAAGGAUACACUACCAUAACUACGCAGAGGAAGGCUACUUUCAUUCCUUCAGAACUCCAAGCACACGAUUCUUCAACAACACCGUCAUCACCAUCAGUAAUACAGAGGAGGCCAAAGAAUCUCUGCGGUCAAUCUGUCAGUCGUUCACUGGAGCCCUAAAGAUCUUUGCUUUGGAUCUAGAAGUGGUGGAGAGACAGAAGCUAGACAGGAAAAAGUCCAGACCCCACCCUGAUGUCACAGACAUUCACAAAAAACUUCAGGAAACUUCUCUUGUGGCAGUUAAAAUGCCACGCGAUAACUCUUCAACAGAUUUACAGCAGCUACUACGUCAACGACAACAGACUCGAGAGAAACAAAGUCCCAGCAACAAGUCCCCAGCAGGAUCUCAAAAAAUUAGUCCCGUAUCUCCAACCUCCCAUCAGCCAGGGUCGUCCAGGCUUCAGCAAGCUUUCUCCAUUGUUAACAAGAAUUAUAACCGUGUCAUGCCUCAUAUUAAAAUGCCUGUUCCAAAAAUGAACUUAAAUCUAAAGAAGUUAAACCCACUGGACAUUAAAAUACCAGUAAGAAUGUCCGUGCCAAAGAUGACUUUGAAAAGUCUAAACCCUCUACAGAUGAUAAAACAAGGUGAGAAAAAGAUGGCAGAGAGUAGUGACAGAGAUGCAACUGACAUCCCAGUUGUCCCAGAGGGUGUGGCACAGGACGUGGAGGCUUCUCCUGGAAUGUUGACGCGAGAAUACAGUCAGGACGAUUCCUCGCUUGUUGGCACCAGGGAGGUGGAUCUGAUAGAUGCUGUGGCUUCUGGGAAGCUGGAACUGGAUCAGGAGACGGAUGAUGAAGUGAUGCUGCACAGCUGUGGGAUUUUAGCCACGACCCAUGGACAGCUUCUGGCAACAAGCCUUAGUCUUAGCUCACCGGAUGAACCAGAAGGAACAAUAAAACUGACAAAUUCUGAAAACAAAAGGUCGAGUGCCCCACCGAAUACAGUAUUUAACAGUUCAGCAUCUGUAAGCAGUUAUGUAAGCGAAAAGCCGACAGAUACUUUACCUUGUCCCACAAUUGGAAGAAACCCUUUAGGAUCUAAAUCUGACUCUCAAAUCAUACUUCAAGACAAGAAGGGUGAUGGCAGAAGUGACUCUCAACAGACUGUGAGUAUUAGACAAAGUGCAUCUGGGGCUGAGUUGACACUCAGUGGGGAGACCAGUGACAUAUCUAAAUGUGACAAACUUCACCAUCCAAGUAUGAAAGCUUCUCUCAGUGAAGGGGCCCUUUCUCAGAGCCAGGUGAAAGUACCCAGCAUUGCAGAUGAAACUGACACUGUCAGCAAGGAAAGGAUGGGGCCGCUAUCAAAACUGCGCUCAUUUCGCUUACCAAAUAUCAAUUUACCAACAUUGCCAAACAGCUCCAAUGUACCUAACAAAGUCCGCCGGAAACUAAGAGGCCCAGAAUCCCUCAAUCAGCUAAUUGAGGCAAAAGCUAAAGAGGGAAAAUGCAACACCAAAAUUAUCAUUAUUUAGAUCUACAUAACCUUUUUGCUUUUAGCACACCAUAAAUGUUAUUGCAUCAACAAUCCUUUGAAAAGAAUUUUUAUCCAAGUUUUAUCAUGGGGAAGGCUUGAUGUCUGUAACGAGUAGCUUCCUGUUAUGGAUUUUUAAGAGUUUUAUGGUUUUGAGUUUGAUCAGUAUUACUUUGUCAGAGUAGAAUUUUGGUCUUUGUUGGAUUUGAUACAAAAGUUGUCUUCAUUCAAGUGACACAGUAUGAAAAUGCUUGAUACGGAAUGGUAUGCUGGAAAGAGUGGUCUUUAGGGUUAUUUGUUAUUACUUGUACUU